AUGCCCGCAUCUGACACUCAUGACCUCCUCCCCGGGGCGCGCGACGAUACUGGCCUAGAACCGGACAACCAUGGGGUCACGGCCAUUCUCGAUGUCGUCCAGCGACUUGCCGCUGCGGACGUUCCUUCAUGUGUGGUCGGUGUGAGGGCGCUGCGUUACUAUGGGGCCGGGCGGGAAUGGGACCUCUGCAUCCCCGAUUCAAUGCUAGACACAGCUCGGGAGGUUAUUAUUUCCACCGACGACGGCAAAUACCAGGCUGCCCGCCCACCGCCUCCCGUUCCUUGGUCCCGCCGACAUGUGUUUUCAUGUUUCCGUCUCAAGGGCUACAACUUUUGGGUUUUGCUCGUCCCCUCAUCGGAUUGCUUCGUCGAUCCUUCGUUGACGGAGCACGUGGAAAAGAGUCGAAACGGAGUACCAUAUGCGUCCAUGAUUCAGUUUGCGCGCUCACUGCUGCUGCAGCAACUGACGGCUGACCUGGCCGAUUUCAUCGAUGGGAUGGAUUUGGACGUUGACUGGGGGGGACGCAACGUUGGUUUUGCGGGGCUUCAAGAGGAGAGCGUCAAGUUUAAUGCGUUGCGGAAUGAGCGAGUCAUCACUGAUGGGGGAAACCGAAGCGGAUUCUGUUACCCUAUGGAUUUAGGAGAGCUUUGGCGACGGAAGGCAAGCAAGGAAGCUAAGGAGAAGAGGGUCGAGCCGAUGAAGAAGGGGCGAUAUCUUACGUCCUGGAGAAGGAUCAAUUCAGAGGAUCCAAGGACGAGAGAUCGUCCUGUAUGA